AUGCAGGGGGGCGGGAACGUCGUGGUGAUUUCAGUGCCCCGCAAUUUCCGGUUGCUGGAGGAGCUGGAGAAGGGAGAGAAGGGCAUUGGCGACGGCACGGUUAGCUAUGGCAUGGACAAUUCAGAUGACCUGCUGAUGCGGCACUGGACUGGCACCAUCAUAGGGCCCCCCAAUACUGUGCACGAUGGCAGGAUUUACACCUUGAAAAUUUACUGCGAUGAGCAGUAUCCUGAUAGGCCUCCCCAGGUGCGAUUCCAGUCGCGCAUCCAGAUGGGCUGCGUCGCACCGAAUGGCGUGGUGGACCCUCGCAACUUUCACGUGCUGCGCAGCUGGAACCGGCAGUACACGAUGGAGACGGUGUUGACUGAGCUGCGGCGGGACAUGGCGCAGGCGCAUAACCGCAAACUGCCGCAGCCGCCAGAAGGCAGCACAUAUUGA